UCGAAGGGAGGAUCUCCCUUCCCGGAAGAAGCGGCGCAGCAGGUGCCAUGGAGGAGGAUCAUAGGCAGUCGCUGCGGCGGGCUCGGCUGCGCCUAGUGCAGGAGUUGCAAGUGGAACCCCUCUGGGAGCUGCUGCUGCACCAAGAGAUCUUCACCCCGGAUAUGAUCGAGGAGAUCCAGAAAGCAGGUACACGCCGAGACCAGGCCAGGCAGCUGGUUAUUGACCUGCAGACUCGUGGGAAGCGAGCGUUGCCUGCUUUCAUCUGGUGUCUUCAAGAAACUGGACAGAAUGAUCUGGCCGCUUUGCUGAGCGCAGGAGGUGACCAGCCACAGUUGCACCCAGCUGAUCUAAAGCCAGUUGAAAUCCAUCCACAUUCUAAACCAAGGGAUCCACGUAUUACAACUUCUGGAAAUUUGCCUUUUCCUGUUCAAGAACUAAAUGAGAGACGCCAGAAACCGUCCCGUGACAUCACGGCCACUCGGGGCUCUGUAGAAGAAAAUACCAGAAGGAACGCUGAAACGGUUUACGUCCUGAGAACGGACCCCUGCGGCUACUGCCUUAUCAUCAACAAUGUGAACUUCAGCAGCGCCUCUGGCUUAUCCUCCCGGGCUGGGUCCGAUGUGGACUGUGAGAAGCUGGAGAAACGCUUCAGAUCCUUACACUUUGAGGUCUUGACCCGACGGGAUCUUAAAGCUCAGGAGACUGUCGCAGAGCUGCAGAGUUUGGCCACGCGAGACCACAGCUCUCUCGAUUGUUGCCUGGUCGUCCUCCUUUCCCACGGCUGUCAGCCACCAGUUCUCUCCUUGCAGGCAAGCCACAUUCAGUUUCCCGGUGGAAUCUAUGGCACAGAUGGGCGGUCCAUCGCUGUGGAAAAGAUUGUCAGCUACUUCAAUGGGACCCAUUGCCCUAGCCUGAGGGGGAAACCCAAGCUCUUCUUCAUUCAAGCUUGUGGAGGAGAGAAGAAGGACCGGGGGUUUGAAGUGGAUUCUGACCCUUCUGCUGUUGAGUCGGAUGCAUCUCCCAUCCAGGUGCCUGCAGGAGGCUCUGAUCAGACGGAUGCUGUUGCAAGCUUGCCCACCCCUAGUGACAUCCUGGUGUCUUACUCUACUUUUCCAGGUUUUGUGUCCUGGAGGAAUAAGUGCACAGGCUCCUGGUAUGUCGAAACCUUGGACCACGUGUUGGAACAGUAUGCCCAUUCCGAAGACCUGCUCAAUAUGCUUCUGAGGGUAGCAAAUGCCGUUUCUGCAAAAGGGGAAUAUAAGCAGAUGCCUGGCUGUUUUAACUUCCUCCGGAAGCGAUUCUUCUUCACAGCCAAAUGAAGAAGCCUCGGCGAAGCUUUGCCUUUAACAAACCCAAGGGAAGAGACCAGCCCCCUCGCAGAAGAUGUCAAGCAGCCAGAUGCUGGUGAAGCAGCUGUCUUGUGACUGGGAAGGGGAGCCUGUGUCCCUCCAGAUGUUGUUGGACUACAAUUCCCAUCAUGCCCAGCCAGCAUGGCCAAUGGUCUGGGAUGAUUGGAAUUGCAGUCCCAACAAUAUCUAGAGAGCUGCGGUAUCUCCAGAUCUUACGGAUUUGUUUCAUCUUGAAGCCAUCAGGAGAGCAAAAUUCAUCACUCUGUGAAAAUUCAUCUCUUCUCUUUCUGGUUUCCGAAUUGCCCAUUGAUCCCCGAAGAAAAUGGCCUGGGAAGCCAGUUUGCGUCAAAAGCCUGCCUCCUUCCAAGGUGUCCUCCAGCAAUUUAAGAUUCCCCUCUCUUGCUUUUUCCUCUGUGUGUAUUGAGGGCAUUCCAAAUUACUUCUUCCAAUUGCCUGUCUUCCUUUGCAAAAGUGCUUGAGGGGAAGCUGCGGCUGUUAAGCCAGCUCAUGUUGGAGGUGUGAACAGGCCGCAGAUGAAUAAUAGAGGGUUGUCUCCAAAGUUAGCCCUACUCAGAGGGGAUCCAUGGAAAUGACUCACUUAGAUCCAUUGUUUUCAGCGGGUCUACUCUGAGCAGGACUUGGUCAGCUUCAACCCAAUAAUUUAAAAAGCACUUCGUUGGGGGAAGAGGAUGUGUAAGUUGUAUGUGCACAAUUAAAUCUAUAUUUCUCUGCA